GUCGUUUUGCACUUUUUAACUCAGAGUUUUACAUACCUAGAGAGUUGAUAGAAAGAUUGAAGAAAUUGAGUCCCAACCAAGUCUCAUAGCUCAUUUCACGAUCCAAAAAUUCCUCAAUUUUUCAUCCUCCUCCUUCAUCUACACAACCUUAUCUUCAUAUCUGCACAAACUUGGUUUGCUUCUAUGAGCCAGAUCGUAUGUUUUAUGUGGCUUCAUAAUGGUAUUGAAGGAUUUCUGCGAGAGGAUUGUUGCUGCAAAAUGUUCUUCUAAAAGCUCAACCGAGACUGUAGAUAGUACUCAGGUGCCCGCCUCAUCGAAGGCAGGGUCUAGUGAUAGUAAGUUUCCCAAGGCUUCCUUAUGGUCAACCUUCUUUACAUCUGGUUUUUCAGUCGAUGAAACAUAUAGUGAAUCAUCAUCUUCUGAAAAGAAAGCAGUUCAUUCUCGAAAUAGUGGGUGGGCAGCUGCUGUGAGGAAAGUCAUUAGUGGCGGCUCAAUGAGAAGAUUUCAGGAGCGUGUACUAGGUUCAAGCAGGACUGACGUUUCGAUCUCUGAUGGAGAUAUAUGGCUUCUAGGUGUUUGUCAUAAAAUUUCACCGCAUGAAUCAACCGGAGAAGUAGAUACUCGUAAUGUGUUUGCAGAAUUUGAGCAAGAUUUUUUCUCAAAAAUAUUAAUAACUUACCGGAAAGGCUUUGAUGCAAUUGAAGAUUCAAAGUAUACAAGUGAUGUUAAUUGGGGCUGUAUGCUUCGAAGUAGUCAGAUGCUUGUUGCUCAGGCAUUAAUUUUUCAUAAAUUAGGUAGAUCAUGGAGAAAAACUACUGAUAAGCCAGUUGAUAAAGAAUAUAUUGACAUCUUGCAACAAUUUGGUGAUACGGAGGCUGCUGCUUUCUCUAUCCACAAUCUUCUUCAGGCUGGUAAAGGUUAUGGUCUAGCUGUUGGGUCAUGGGUGGGACCAUAUGCAAUGUGUCGUACAUGGGAAGUUCUAGCUAGAAACCAGAGGGAGAAGAAUGAUCAAGGAGAAAAGCCACUUCCAAUGGCUAUUUAUGUUGUUUCUGGAGAUGAAGACGGGGAACGGGGUGGCGCACCAGUUGUCUGCAUUGAUGAUGCCUCCAAACGUUGUUCCGAGUUUUCAAAGGGCUUAGUUGCUUGGACACCUCUACUUUUAUUGGUUCCUUUGGUUCUUGGACUUGAUAAAGUCAAUCUGAGGUAUAUUCCAUUAUUGCAGUCAACUUUUAAAUUUCCCCAGAGCCUCGGAAUCUUGGGUGGAAAACCAGGAGCUUCAACAUAUAUUAUUGGCGUUCAAAGUGAAAAGGCAUUCUACCUUGAUCCACAUGACGUUAAGCCGGUUGUUAAUAUUACCGGGGAUACUCAAGAGCCUAAUACGUCAUCAUAUCACUGCAACAUUAGCAGGCACAUGCCCCUAGAUUCAAUUGACCCAUCUUUGGCUAUUGGAUUUUACUGCCGAGACAAAGGUGAUUUCGAUGAUUUCUGUUCCCGAGCUAUUAAGCUUGCAGAAGAAUCAAAUGGUGCACCGUUAUUCACAGUAGCUCAAUCUAGGAGUCUCUCAAUUCAAGUCACGAGUAGCUCCGUGUCAGGUGACAACACUAUGUUGGACGAUGAUUCUCUUGGUACGAACCUGGACAAUGAUGCAGGCACCAAUGAGGAUGACUGGCAAUUCCUAUAAAUCAUGCAUGACGAUAUGGAUUUAAGUAGGAUUGUUGCUUGAUAAUCAAGACUUCUUACCACUGGCGAGUUUGGUUGAUGCUCGCUCGUCUCGCUCGUCUUUGCAGUGGCACUCUUGAAACGUUGUUUGGUAGGGUUGUAGGAAUUUAAACUCAUUGUGAUUCUUUGGCUUAAAUUGUUUAGACAUUUGUUGAUAUGGCUAACCGGGUAUUGAUUGUACAUUAAACUAGUUGUUUCAUAUUUGUUGAUGUAUCCUUUUAUUGGCUACAAGAAUUGUAGCGGAUAUUACUACCUUGGCAAUGUCAAAUAAGUGGUAGAGUGGUUCAUAUUGA